AUGAACGUGUCUGGUUUAAAUUUACAAAAUCAAGGAAAAGGGGUAACCGGAAAUGAAAAGAACGAGAAUCAGGCAGGAUGUAGAAAUAAUUCUGAUCAUGAGCAAAGCAUGAGUUCAGAUAUUGAAUGUUUUGAUUUGAACAGGCUUUUUGACAUGGAGGAAGUUGUUAAAAAUGUGAAAAGUAAACUUAAGGAAAAAAGAGAGGAUAGAAAGACGCGACUGAAAGUUUGUAAUGCAAAUGAACAGAAGAAUGAAAGAACAAAAUGGAAAGGAAGGAAAAGUAAAAAUUCUGAUGAAUGUUCAUGGGAAGAUGACAGUGACAGUUCUUUUGGUCUUGUCACUCUAUUUGAACAGGCAAAAACAGUUCACAAAAGACGAAGAAAAUCAAAGAAAGGCAAUAAGAAUGUGAAAAGAUCUAAAGAAGAUGAAUCAUAUGGUUUAGAAUGGUUGUUCAGUGAAAAAAAUAUUGGUGACAAUAAAAAUAAAAGUAAGAGUAGAAAAAGGAAAAUGGUGAAUUAUGACAUUUGUGAAUCAGAAGAAGAUGGAAAGAUUGAAGAAAUAAAAAUUAAAAAGAAAAGACCAAAUCACUUUGUUGCCAUUCGUGUAUCAGAUCCUGCCAUUCACCUUGCAAUUAAAGGUUUUCAAGAUGCAGUUUUGAAAGAAAAUGAAAAAUUAAAACCAGCACAAAUUCCUUUAAUUUCCCUCCACAUAACAAUGGCUGUGAUGCAUUUAGAUGAAACUACAAUAAAGAUUGCACAAGAUGCUUUGGAAAAAUGUAAGGGUGAGAUCAGUGAUUGUCUUCAAGCUGUCGAUCAUAAAUUAAUAUUUAGUGGGGUUGGAAACUUCAGAAAUGAAAUAGUGUUUGCAAAGCUUCAAGAGAAGGAACAAGUUGAUUGUUUGAAAACCAUUAACAGUGUGGUAACAACGAUAUUUGAAGAAGAUGGGAUUUGUCUUGCUGACAAGAGGGAAUAUAACCCACAUUUAACUUUAUUGAAGUUAUCAAGAAAGAGCUCACUUAGAAAGAAUGGAAUAAAGAAAGUUGAAGAGAAUGUAUAUGCUUCAUGGCUUGAUUCUUACUUUGGAGAGGAAUUAGUGAAAAAUGUUCACUUGUGUUCAAUGCAAGGAGCCAAAGAACAUGAUGGAUUUUAUAAAUGUCUGUCAACAAUAACGUUCUGCAAUGAUUCUGACCACGGCAAAUAA